UUUGUAAUAACUGAAGAUGAUAUUCAAACCUGUUGCCUAAAUUGUCGCAUUUCUACUUCUCUUGCAAAAAAAAGAAAGCAUCAAGAAGUUGAUUGUUCUUCAAUUGAAAAAAAAAAUAUAAUCAAUCUUGUGGAUGUUAUAGAUUUUGUCUAUAACAAUCUUACGGAAUAUGAAAAUUUAAAUGAAGAUUUUGAAGGACAUACGCAUUUUCAUCUUCAAUUUUUUAUUGACUUGGAUUCGAUUUAUAAGGAAAUUUCC